AUACUUUUAAAAUUGUUAUAGAUCAUUAUCAUAUUCAACGUCAUCCGAUCAGGAGUAAAACUAAUAAAUAAAAGGAAAUAAAGAUGUUGAUGAAAGCAACAUGCUUUGUAGCUAUUUUCUGUAUUUUGCUUCAAUACACGGUAGCAGACAGAAAACGAUGUUUCUGCAAAGCUGUAGCAGCCGACAAUCACAAUAAUGUCUUACACGAUUUUGGAACUAUCGCCGAACAUCGUAACUGGUUAUCUGUUGGUUGCAGACGACUUCAUGGCUGUUCCAGUAAAUGUGACCAGAAAGUAAAAGAAUGGGUAUGCGCCCACCAAGCUGAGUGCAAAGCAAAAGCUAAAGGAAAGCACGUGGUGCCUUAUUACCAAGCAAGUGUAUGUGGCAAAGGCGCGGGUAAUAAUUCAAGACCUUGUGAAUGUAAUGACGGAGGUUUUGACAAAGCUAGAAGAUGUCAGUUGCAAUGUAUCUCAAAAUUGUUUAACCAGGGACAUACUGCAUUUUUAACAUGCUUUAAUCGAUGCAUUGCAUAAUCAUAAUCAUUGCAUAAUUUGUUUCAGUUGUUUUUGAUUCAGAUAUUAUUUCAAAAUAUUUGAAGCAUAUGUUCUAAAUACAUGUGACGAUUGGUAAAUAUAUUUUGACAGAUGUUUACACCAGCUUUUGUAUGCAGAUUGUUACAAAUUCGAAGAGAAUUUACAGUCGGAAAAAACAUUCAAUUUUGUUACAAUAUAUUGAUUUCUUGAACUUACUUUUCUCUGCUAAUACCACAGGCGCUUGUCCAUUUAUAUGGUAAAUGACAUCUUUGUUUUCCCCAUUUGUCGUAAAGUUAUAUACAAUGUACAAUGUAUAUACUUGUACUUUUGUCAAUCUAAACAACAUAUUGAAAACAAAUACUAUUCUCUCAAAUACAAUUCCUGCCUAGUUCUACGUAGUUCAUAUUACUGUGCAGCCAAUAUAUUUUUUCAUGUGUAAACAUAACCAUGUGACAUGAUAUAUUGUAUUA